AUGAGACGACCAGGGCUCCUGUCAUCAUUGAGGGUCCCAAGCGUGGGUUGUGUAGCCUGGCUCAAGAGUCUUGGCACCCUCUCUGACAAGUCCUGUUUCAACAUCCCGGCUUCUUUCCCCGCGACCACGCUUCUCGCCUGGCACACCAACCCCUCAGACCAGCGCUUAAAGUUCCUGGAGCAUGAAGCUAUCAUGGGGAUAAGUAGCCGCGACCGGCCGCCUCCCCUUGUUGUUGGCCCCUGCCACCGGUCUCUCAUUCAGAUGGUUGCCGCUGCCUUGGGUACCCUUGCUAGAGGGACACCUUUCCGUGUUCGAGCCGUUGAUUCGUUAAACGAAGAAGCCACCGCGGAGGCUCAUCAGCGCGAUGAUGGUGCUACACGCGCUUUCUCAGACGUUCAGAUCAAGACAUCAGACGGGAAAUGCCUUUUCGUUGACAAGCUCUCUGGCGACUUCCGCGCCAACCUGACUCCAGUUCAAGUCGCCGAUUGCGGGUCGACUGACGGCCAGGGCUGGGACGUUAUCACAGCAGGAAAGCAUGUCAAGGGUGACAAUGUCAUGCUCAUUGUCAGCACCUUGACCCAAGCCUGUUUCAAUUUUGAUCCCCGCCGGCCUGCGGGUAACCAGGUUUUGCUCUUUUCGUGUGGCGGCCGGGCUGGUGGUGAAGGAGAGGUGACAGACUCGCAACUUUUCGCCUUUGAUGGCGGCGCUGGCCCUCUUUCUCUUCAGCCUCAGAAUCAAGUGGGGUCUUGUCUCGUUGUCAAAGGCAAGGCUAUUGACAUCGUCGGGUGCAACGAUGGUGAUGACGGCCAAGCCUUCACUUUUGGUGAUGCUGUAGGAGGAAACAACAACAACGGCGGCAACAACAACGGCGGCAAUGGGGAGCAGUCGUCCUCGACCUGUACAAAGUCCACCCGGACAGUGACUGCUGCUCCAACCCAGACCGAAGGAAACAUGGGAACCCAGACGACAACAGCUGCCCCUGAAGCAGGCGGUGGCGGCGGCGCGGCUGGGGAUAUUCCCACGGCAAACCCCACGGAGCCGGUACCAGUGUCCGGGGCUGGCGGUACCUUGCAGCCGACAGCGGCGGCGGAGUCACACCAACGAGACGAGACAGCCAAACGGGCUUUCAGCGGCGUGUCGAUCCGCGCUCCAGAUGGCCGGUGUCUUUUUAUCGACCCGACAGCUGGUGACUUCCGGCAGAAUUUGAUCCCCGUGUCGCUGGUGGACUGUACUGGGUCCCCAAACGAAAAGUGGGAUGUCAUCACUGAGGGCAAGCACAACACGCCGAAUGCUGAUCGGCCUGCCGCUCUUAUUGUGAGCGCAUUGACCCAGGGCUGCAUCAGCUUUGAUGGGAGAAGGCGAGAAGGCGAUACCGUCACUCUCUUCUCCUGCGGCGGCCGCGCCGAUGGUGAUGGAGGAACCGAUGGAAACCAGCUGAUUCCAUUCAUCGGCCAGACCAGCUUUCCAUUUGCUCCAGGGAACGAGAACGGCAAGACUUGUAUCCUUCCUGGAACCGAUCGGCUUGAGUCAGGACCGUGUCCCGAUGAUGGCUCCCAGUUAUUUUCCAUCUUUGAGUGA